GCUCCGCGGCGGCUCCGGCGCGGCGGCCAAAGUCCUGCGGCAUGAGCGCGGCGCAGCGCGGCGCCGCCUUCCGCGGGGUGCCCGGGGAGCGCGUCCUGGAGCAGGCGGCGGGCGUGCGGCAGCGCGGCGGCGGCGGCUCCGUGCGCGGCACCCUGUACUGCACCAACCUGCGCCUGGCCUUCGUGCCCGGCGCCCAGGCUCCCGGCUCCCGGACCUUCCUGCACAGCGAGUACGACGUGGCGCUGCCCUGCAUCCGCAAGCUGGUGGCAGCGAGCAGCUUCGCCAAGCCCAAGGAGCUGACGGCCGCCUCCAGCCUCAAGUUCGUGCCCGAGGAGCUGGCGGUGCACUGCCGGGAUUUCCGCGUGCUGCGCUUCCACUUCCCCGAGAGCGGGCCGCAGCCGCAGGCCUUUCGGGUCGCCACGGCCAUCGCGCGGGCGCGGGAGACGGCGGCGUGGCCGGCGCAGGCGGAAACCGCGCUGGAGGAGGAGGAAGACGAGGAGGAGGAUGAAGAGGACGAGGAUGAGGACGAAGGCCCCACGCUGCUCUUCGAGAGCCUCCGCGACUGGGAGAAGGAGCUGAAGCGGCAGGGAGCCGCGGGCUGGCGGGUGAGCGCCGUCAACGAGCGCUUCGACAUGGCCACCAGCCUCCCGCGGUACCUCUGGGUGCCCCGGCGGCUCCUGGACAAGGACCUCAAACGGGCUUUCGCCCACUUCGAGGAGCGGCGCCUGCCCCGUCUCUGCUGGCACCACCCGGGCGGCAGCGACCUGCUGCGAGCCGCCGGCUUCCACGCCGCGUCGGACCCGCAGCACGACGACGUCAGGUGCCUGGAGGCGCUGAUGCUGGCGGGCCACGCGCGGUGCGUGCUGGUGGAGGCGGCCGCCGAGCUGCCCAGCCUGGCCGAGCUGCAGCUCGCCCACCUCAAGCUGCGGGCGCUCUGCCUGCCCGAGUCGCCGGUGGCGGACGACAAGUGGCUGUCGGCGCUGGAGGGGACGCGCUGGCUGGAGCACGUGCGGGCCUGCGUGCGGAAGGCGAGCGAGGUGGUUUCGCUGCUGGCCGGCGCCCGCUGCUCCGUGGUCCUGCAAGAGUCCGACGACCGCGACCUCAACUGCCUGCUGGCCUCGCUGGCGCAGCUCCUGGCCGACCCGCACGCCCGCACCCUGCCCGGCUUCCAGAGCCUGCUGCAGCGCGAGUGGGUGGCCGCCGGGCACCCCUUCGGGCGCCGCCUGGGGCUCGGCCGCCCCGGCGCCCGCGGCGAGGCGCCCGUUUUCCUGCUUUUCCUCGAUUGCACCUGGCAGCUGGUGCGGCAGUUCCCCGCCUGCUUCGGCUUCACCGAGAGCUACCUGCUGGCGCUGCACGACAGCAGCUUCGUGCCGUAUUUCAGCACCUUCCUCUUCAACUGCCAGCGGCAGCGGAGCCGGAGCGGCCAGCCCCCGGUCUCCGGCCAGAGCUACACGCCGGUGGGCGGCUGGCAGGAGCCGCCGGCGGCGGAGCCCGGGGGCCGGCGGGACGCCCCCGCCCGCCGCCUGCCCAGCGUCUGGGACUGGCGGCUGCGCUACAGCCGGCAGCAGCGGGCUCGGUUCAGGAACCCGGCGGGGCCCCGCGCCGGCCCGGCGCCCGCCGGCACCGCGGCCCCCCAGCCCGGCGGCGGCGGCGAGGGCGCGGGGGCCGUGUGGGUGCUGGCCAAGGGCGCGCUGUGGCCCCAGGCGCAGCCCUUUCCCUGGCGGGCCAAGCGGCUCCCGCGCUGGGCGCUGUCCCUGGAGAGCCUCGGCGAGCCGGAGCGGGGUCCCGGCGGCAGCCCCCUGCCCGCGCCCGCCCGGGGGCCGCUGCUGCCCUGCGCCGCCGGCCCCGCCAUCCGCCUCUGGCACCGCUGCUACCUGCGCGCCGUCCCCGAGAGCCAGCGCGGGCGCUUCGCCCCCUCGCCGGCCGGCCUCGCCGAGGAGCUGCGGCUGCUGCAGGAGCGGCUCCGCGCCUGGCGCCCCGCGGACCCCCACGGCCCCCCGCCGCCCUCGCGCUGACGGCCCCGCCGGGGACCCCGGCCGGAGCGGGGCGAAAGGCGCCGGCGCGGCCGCCGACCCGCUCCGGGAGGAGGACGCCGGAGCCGCUUUUCCCGUCCGGUUCUCGGUCCGCGGUCCGCAGGGCAGCCCGCCGGCGGGUUGAACACGCUCCGUUUUAUUCCGAAAAACUCCGGGGUUUCCGGAGGACGAGCCGGAGCUCCGGGCCCCGAGAGGAGACACCAAGGGAGAGCAGCGGCUCCGGCUGCGCCGAGCGAACCGAGAGAGAGGAAAACCGGCUCGUUUUCCCCGGGCAGCUGGAAAAGCCGCUUCCGUGGCGGAGCCGGGGAGGGAGCGAGCGGCGCCCGGGGGCCGUGGCCGGGCUCUAGUCUGUAUAUUUUUGUAGCGACGUUUCUAUUUAAAUGCCAUUAAAGCGCAGCGUCUCCGGCAGGA